UGGCGCAGGGGUGGCGCUGACGCCGGCAGACGAAGGGCAGGUGUCGUAGAGUUUUAUGGAAGAAGCGGCAGUGGGGGCGUUCAGUGGCGCGGGGUAUGGACUGGCGCCGGAACGAUACGGUCGCUACCGGUGAGGGGGCGACCGAGGGGUUUUCGCCGGCCGACCCGCCUUAUCCGUUCUGGACUUCCGUUCUUCUUCUAAUUUCUCUCAGUAUUAUGAUUGUAGUUACAGCCAUUGGAAACAUGCUAGUGUGUCUUUCAGUUUGUCUGGUGCGCAAGCUGCGACGAGCUUCGAAUUUUUUACUAGUGUCCUUAGCAGUGUCCGACUUGUGUGUGGCUCUACUAGUGAUGCCCAUAGCGCUGCAUUAUGAGCUAGUGGGUGACUGGAAGCUGGGUGCUACAAUAUGCAACAUGUGGGUUGCUUUUGAUAUCACCUGCUGUACGGCGUCCAUCCUCAACCUGUGUAUGAUUUCCGUUGACCGCUACCUCGCCAUCACUAAACCUCUUACAUACGGAGUACGUCGCCGUUCUAGACGAACAUACCUUAGCAUAGGACUCACCUGGAUCAUGUCCACUUUGGUGAGUGUCCCACCUCUUCUUGUUCUGGGCAACGAGCACGGCACAGAAAUGAGCCCAACUUGUGAUGUGAGUCAAAAUUUUGGCUACCAACUUUACGCCACUCUUAGUUCUUUUUAUAUACCCAUGCUAGUCAUGGUUUUUAUGUAUUGUAAGAUAUACCUGGCCGCCAAAAGGGUGGUCGAGUCAGAUCGAAAAGGACGGCAGGCCGCCCAAAGGUACUUAUCAAACAGCAGCAGUACUGGACCGUACUCUUCAGUUUGGGAUUCCAAGCCAGAAAAACUAAACGUUUUUGUGCAGCUGAAAACCCAAGAGCUAAACAAUCAUCGUCGCCAUUCUUCUGUGGACGUUGGCGACGGUAAUAGUACGAAAAUGUGCACACUAGAGGCUUACAAAGUUGGCGACAGAGCAGUGACUGCUGUUUGCAAACCGAAAAUAUCUGUUAUUGUGAAAGAUCGCAAAGCGUCCAUUACUUUAGGGAUUAUAAUGACUGCAUUUGUUGUUUGUUGGCUUCCUUUCUUCGUCGUUGCACUCUUACGAUCGUUGUUCACUAAUCUUUGGGUCCCCCACUCAGUUCGUAGCCUUGUGCUGUGGCUUGGUUACGCGAAUUCUAUGCUCAACCCAAUAAUAUACGUAACAUUUCACCAAGAUUUUAGAAAGUCUUUCAAGGAAAUGUUGUGUUUCAGAUGCCAUCUAGUGAAUGAAACUUUCCGCGAAGAAGCUUACAGAGACCAAUAUGGUGAGACCCCUCUGUGCUCUGGACCACCCCAGACAACAUGGCCAAAUGCCAGUUGCAAAUCUUUCAUUUCUACAGCACGCCGCACAUCAAUAUGCAGUUCAUCUCGCAAGCUCGAUUGUUGUGGAACCAAUAAUAAACAAAUACAGAAUACAUUCAUGUAAAAAAAAAGUAUUUUGUGUCAAAAUGUGUGCUAUUUUACGAAUUUCCCAGAUUCCCUUCUUGGAAUUGGAAGCAAAAUUGUGAUAAAUUUUAUCCAACUGUGUAAAAAUGAAAAAAUAAAAAAAAUCUGUACUAUUUCUAUAA